UAAUAUGGGUCAUGGGUGUUUGCAUUCAUCUUAAAAUGAUCUAGAUCUUGAACUCCCAAAAUACACAAUACAUAUUUGUACUGUUAGCAAUGUUUUCUCUAACAGUGAAAUUGCUGUCUAGCUACAUAUUUGCCUGAAAUAAAUAGGUUUUCUUGCAUUUCAAAGGUACUCCCAGUCACAAGCAUACUGGGAUGACAAUGACUAAUUGAUCAUUACCACAAUUUGUUGUCAUAUGGCAUGCAGGAUGUUAUGGUAGUUACAUUAUAAACCUAUUGUAAAAUGUAUGAAUUGUGCCAGCCAAUAAUGUUAUUUUGGUUUGGCAACUGAGCCAUGCAAGUAAUCUAUGAUAUACAGUAAAAUUUAUGUAUAGUAAAAUUUAUGAAUAGUAAAAUUUUGGCAAUAGCUUAAAAAAUCUAGUAACAGAUCUAAAUAAUUAUCCAUUAGAUGGUUAAUUACAUAACCGUUAAUUUUUGUAAAGAGUCAUAACAGGGAUACCUUUAACAAUGCCAGCAUCUAUUACAAAGGAUUUAAUAGCAAUAUCAAUGACAUAAGCCAAAACUGCACCAAACUAUCAUGGAGUCAGGAUAAUGAUGCCUCAGAAUGUCAUGAGUAUACUGGAGCUGCUUGUAGAAACUUCUUACAUCAAUGGUUUCAAUGUACCAUUGGAGAAGGUGAAUUGAAUAUUGGAGUAAGUCAACAAGUACAAAAUCAACAUGAACAAACAAUUGCAUCACUCAAUAAUUAUUUAGAAUUCUACAAGCAAUGUCAACAACAAUCAUUAGCUUUCAUAUGUCAAUAUUUCUUUCCACUUGCUGAUUGCUCAACUGGAAAAUCUUACAAGGCUACCAAGGAAGACUGCCUCCUCAUAAGUACAGGUGUUUGUUCAGACCUGUGGACACUAGCAAACAACUUUAGCUAUGGCUCACUCUUACCUGAUUGUUCUACACUACCAAAUGCUUCCAACGACUCAUCUUCUGUCACAAUUUCAAUUGAAGACAUGAAUGAUACCAAUGGUACUGAUGGUAUAGUGUGCAGAGAAGAUUUUGUUAAAAUAGAUUUAAUCUGUGAGCCAAGAUGUGACAGUUUUGAACAAACUAGUUCUCGUUUAGACUCACAAAUACUGAUCUAUUCGGAAUUUGUUGCAACCAGUAUAGCUCUAACUUUCUGCAUUGUUGCAAUUAUUGUUGCUGUAAAGGAAUAUAAGAUAUUGCUAGCAUAUCCUUCUGUAUUGGUACUUUUUCAAGUCAUAGACAUCACUGUAUUGGUCAUAGUACUAGUCAUAGCUGCUAUUGAUCGGUAUGGAUUAUACUGCAGUUCAGUUAGUCUAUUGGAGACAUUAAAAAAUCCAACUCCUUUUUGCAAAUUUUCAGGAGUUACAAUUUAUUAUACUUUUGUAAAUAUGGCACUGUGGUGGUUUUUUCAUGUAGCUAUAUUUUUUCACAAAGUAUUGUUUCCCUUCCAAGCAAAUAGAUUUGAAAAGCUGGGACGUAACAAGUACAUAUUUGCAACUGUAACUAUAUUGUCUAUACUACUGCCAUUGCCAGCUGUUAUCAUUUGCCUUACUGUUGACAAAUUCAAAUAUAAUGUCCGUCAUUUUCCAACAAAUCUUUGCAGCAGCAGAGGUGACAUGAGGUUCUAUUCUAUGACACUUCCAAUGGAUGUACUAUUUGCUGCUGGAGUUAUAAUACUGAUUAUAGUUCUUUGGACUAUGAGAAAAAAAACAAAUUUCUUGAAUAAAGAAAGUCAUACUAAGCUAAGCACUGCUGAGAAAAAAAUCCUAUUGGUUUUUAUAAUUUUUACUAUUUUUGGUGCUUUUACUAUAGGGCACGAAAGCAGCACAGACGCAACAUCUGACAAGUUUGAAGCAGCUUUACAAGAAUAUUUUGAAUGUGAGGCAUUUGGUCACAUCCCUGGAAAGUGUGACAGAGGAACAAUUGAAAAGAUCAGCAAGCCUUACUUCAGUGCUAUUGCAUACAUACUAAUGAGUUUGACCCCACUGGGCAUUUUGAACUUCAUACUUAAGUGGAGCUCAGUUAAGAAUGUUGGAAAUAAAGCAGUAAAUUUGACAAAGAGGUGUUUAAGUUUCUUGCAUCGUUCCUGUGAAAGUGUUCCUGAUGAGUUGUCAUCAAAAUCAGAUAAAAGUAUAAUUAGUAAGAACUCUGCUGUAUAACUUGACUUCACUUUAUUCUAUUAAUUUGGACCUUUAACUUCUGUGUGCCUAUUUGUGAUUGCUUUAUACCUGUUUUUAGUAUUAAAAAAUUCCUUAGCAGUGAAAUACAAUGCUGAGUAAUGAG